AUGAAGGAAAGAUUUCAUCGAAUUGAGUACCCUCGUGACAUACAUCUUGAUCCAUUUUACCUUCCACUGUCAGAUCCAACACAAUACUGUCAUCGAUAUUCAGACGAUGUUGACAAAAACCGAGCGGGAAUAUUUGGUACACUGAGAUCGGAAUGUGAUUCACCGUACAGCUUGAUCAAUUCGACAUUUGAGCAUUUUAAAAAAUAUAUUCAAGAUGAUAUUGAUUUCAUAAUUUAUACCGGUGACAGCCUAAGACAUGAUCAACAUAAUCAACUUCCAGGAGGUCCAAAUACUUUUUUUCAAAAUUUGACAGAUAUCUGGGCACCUUUAAAUUUAAAUUUAACUGAAGAAUAUUUCAUCAACGGAGGAGGAUAUUUUCGUCAAGAUAUUAAUUCAAAAUUGACGGUACUAAAUUUGAAUUCGAUGUAUCUUUAUGAAUCAAAUGAUGAAAUUGAAGAUUGUGAUGUUAUCGAUUCUCCCGGUUACAAACAACUAAAAUGGAUGGAAAUGGAGUUGAUCGAUGCCAAGUCUCGAGGAAUAAAUGUUUACAUAAGUCAACAUAUUACUCCUUUAGAUUCUUCAGGACAUACAAAUCAAGAUUCAUUAACAUUGGUCACAGAAUCAGAUAAUGCACAAAACCCAUAUAACUUGGUUUUCUUAGGUCAUGAACAACCCUCUGCAAUAACAGAUAGGAUAAUAUUAGUACUUAAUAAUGCACCUAUUAAUAAUCCUGCUUUUAGAGUGUACUCAUACUCACAAUCAUCAAAUAGCUUUGGUGCGCUUCUUGACUACACACAAUACUACAAUAAUUUAAAUAAAUCUGCAGAAAAUCAUAAAAUAGAAUGGGAAAUUGAGUAUGUUGCAAGGGAAGUUUACAAUAUAACGAAAUUAGGAACUGAAGAUUGGGUCAAGGUUUUAAGUGAAUUUCAAAAACCAAAUUCAAUAUUAUGGGGGAAAUAUCUUAAAUAUAUUAAUGUUGGGAUCAAUCGAAAAAAGAAGAAAUCAACGAAAUUAAUUGGUCAAUAA